AGAGAAAACCAGCAGGCAGGCGUUAAAGCAAGUCAGAGUGGGAGUGAAAGAGCAGGAGACAGCAGGGUGGAGGGAAGAGUGGGAGAGAGAGACAGAGAGGGUGAGUGUAUGUGUGGCUAGAAAGCUAGAGUGCUCUAGGGAGACACGAUAGAGAGGGAGCAGUAUAGUGCUUGAUAAUGGAGGUGCAGUCGGAGUGCGUGGAGCCUCCAGUGGCUCCACAGUGUGACCCCCAGCCUACAGGGAAGAUCAACAAAGCUGCCUUCAAACUCUUCGGAAAGCGCCGCACUGGCUCUGGAAUGGCCAGCUUCUUCUCCUUCAGGAACAAAGGGGCUACGAGCAACGGGAAUUCUGACAAUGGGAAUUCUUUGAAUGGAAACAGCUCAGCGGCAUCGGCGGAGCUAGUGAGGAGCAAAACCCACGAUGGACUAACAAGCUCCAACAACGAUGCUGAUGGACAGAGAGGGGAGGGGCUUAGCAGCCUGGAGGCAGGACCGGUGAGGUCUCUGAGCAAAUCGCUAAGUUUCUUCUCUCUCCUCCGACGUGGGAGUUUCAGGUCGAGUGAAAACGGAGGAGCGGGGCUUUCCAGAAGAGGGAGGGGCCUGAAGGGCUUCUUUAGCAGCAUGCGAUGGAGACGUAAAGAAAAAACAAACGAAGCAGAGGGGGAAGAGGUCGAAGGUAAGAAGGUGAAGGAUAGGGAUGUUGCAGGUGCUGAGAAGGAUAUUACUCUCACCCUUGAACCCCCUCCGCAUCAUCACCAAGAGGACUGUGGGAAUGCAGAAGCAGCACCUAGUCUCCAAGAAGCAGAGACUCCCACCACUAGUGUUACCAUGACACCCCCACACUGUGUUGCCAUGCCAGGGCCAUCUGGCGAGCCGGACUCCCCCUUCCCUUACACACCCACUGACUCGCCACUGCGCCCUACCAUCCAAAAAGCCAAAGCCUCAAUUUCAAGCCUCACCCCCUCCCUCGCUACACCUCCCUUGGAUCGUUGCAGUGCCGGUGACCCACCGUCAGAGCCUUCAGUGGACCGCCUCUGCUCUCUCCUCUUUACCGAUGUCACGUCCCUCAAGAGUUUUGAUUCACUGACGGGCUGCGGUGACAUUAUUGCUGACGCAGACGAAGAAGGGACGGUUGGUAAUGGGGGCAGCGGCACUAGCAGCAGUAGCAGUGGGGGAGGAGGGGGGAGUGUGGGAGCGAACAGUGGGAGAGCUGUUGUUAUCACCAGUGCCACAUCCCGCGGCUCCCCAACUAAGCCCCCAGCAGCUUCCCAGUUGACCCAGCCCAUGUUCUCUGUUUCCCCAAUCUCGGCACCCUCUUCCCUGCCAGCCCGUACCCGGGCACCUCCUCCACCGCAGCAGCACCCAGCCGGUAGUGGCGUGGUGGCCUACAUGGGCGGAGGGGAGGAAAUGGCAAGCCCAGAAGGAGUUGACGAUGCCGACAUGCAGGGGCUCUGGCACAUGCUACCCUCUACCGGAGAUAACUCACCAGCAUUGCCUCGAUCGCAUCAACCUUCGUCAACUACUCCUACUUCCGCUUAUCCCCCUCACACCAACCCUGCCAGCAGCCAUCAUCCCUCAGCCUCCAGGAGUACAGACAAAAAGACGCCCCAGGUAAAGGCACUGGGCCUGAGCAAGAUUCCGGUAGUCGGUGGAGCGACAAGUCGAGCAGCUAAACCCCCUCUCCCUCACACACAUGGUCGGCAUCCCACGUCACCUGGUGAAAAAGAGCCACUUAGUGAUGAGGGCUACUGGGACACACCUUCUGCGACGCCUACAGCAACACCUGAUGAGAGUGGGCUGCAGCGUAACCAGAAGAUGGCCCUAUCACGUGACAGUUGCUCCGGAGACCACCUGUACGAUCUCUACAAUGACCCCGAAGAGGAGGGAGAGGAACAGGGGGAAGAUGACGAUCUAAACAGUACCCCCUCACCAUCCACCGAAUACAAAAUGAGUCCCACCUCCCAAACAACUAUCCCUUCUUCAUCUUCCUCGUCCUCCUUCCGGUCAAUGAAAGGCAGCACCAGCCUUCCUCGGGAGUCCAAGAUCCCGGUAAGCAACAAACAAACCACACCUCCUCCUCACUCCGUAAGCCAGUCAGCCCUGUCGUCUGUCCUCGAGACUGUGUCCCCUCCACCAAAGACCCAAGCGCCUGCCCCUGUUCGCACCAGAAUCCCAGUGUCCAAGGUGCCCGUUCGUCGUUCUGGAAACAAACCUGGUGGCACAACCAGAGGAGCUGCCAACAAGAAGUAGCUUCUGUCAUAAAAUAACUGUCAAAUUACUCCUACUAACUUCUGGACAGUGCUGUUUAUGCAGAGCCAGAAGUUUUCUUUCCCAGACCAAGAAAAAUGUUGAGCUGUCAAGUUAACAGCCUAUAUAAAUUCCUCUCAAAUCUUAAAAGGUCUCUUUCCUUCCUUUCUUUUCCGACUCAUGACAGGCCAGACUAGAAUAAGUGGUUUUGUUCAUGCGAGAGAAAUUACAUGGAGAAUCUAAAAAGAUGGGUUAACAUUUCACAGCCCUCACUGGAACUUUGGAGGCUGACUAUUGACAAUCCGCAGACUUGAAAUAGACACAUUUGCCUUGGAAGUUCCUGGAAAAGCUUCUCACCUGCUGAAUUUGACGGCCACUUUGUAAGGACCUAAUAUAAUCAAAGUUUAUUAUUAUUAUUAUUGUUAUUAUUAUUAUUACACCACUUUGUCUGGUCUGUAACAAAUUACCUCCUAAUCCUCUGAUUUUAGAGCCAAAGUUUAAAGAAAAAAAUAAUAAUUUCACAGCCUCCUUGUAGUCCACAUUUUUAAGAUGGUCUUUUGACCUCACACUGGUCAUAAAACUGUAUAACACUGAGAUCUGAAACACUGCAGCUGCAAAGCUGCCCUGCAGAAUGCCACACAACAUCUUGUUUUUGGAUGGGGACGCCCCGUCUUUUAUGACCGGUUGCUAUUUUUAUUUUAUUUUAUUAUAGACACACUAAAGUUUUGUGUGAGCCUGUUAGCAUCUGGAUCCCACUUACGCCCUACUGCAGCGCCACCGGACGUACGUCAAUCUCUGGGAUUUACAACUGUUCAACUACCAAUGGAAAUGUUCAAAACUAUCGCAAUACUCUACCAGGAGGAACUCCUUGCACUGAUGCUUCAUUCCACACGCUCAACACAGGCACAGGCGAAAUCGUACCCACACCAUUUUUCUCUUGCUCUCUGCAUGCAGUGCCACACAUCAAGGCACAAAGGUCAGGGAACAUCAUCUGUUGUUGAAGGAUCUUAUUUACGCACACUGUUCAACCUUCGGGACCGUCUUUGUAGCUACACUGGAUAACUUUCUUCUCUAUGGACACAUGCACAUUUUUCUAGCUAAUACUUUCUUCUUUACUGGAUUUCAUACUGUUUUUAUAGGGUCCUUCUUCCGAAAUCAUACUGCGCGGAUCUUAAACUGUGAUAGCACCAGAAUUGUGUUUCCUUCUGUUCUUUUCUACAAGCAUACUGUACAGGUUGAUGUGAGUUUUACGACGAGGAGGAAUCCUUUCUGUAAGUCCGACGGUUUUAAAGAGCCAGAACAUAAUGCAAAGUUAAGUAACGCUAAAUCAGUUCGGAGAACUUUUCCUUUUGUUCCUACUGGCCUUUGUACUAAUAAACACUGUAUGAUCUAAUUCCAGAAACCA